AGGGAGUGGGGUGUGGUGGGGGGUGGGGUCGGCCGGGCCGGGAGGCCAUGAGCGGAGGAGGGCGAUGGUGACGGCGACCAUGAGGAGGGGAUCCGUCGCGGCCGCCUGGCUCCUGGCCUGCCUGCUGGCCGCCUCGGGCGGCGAGGCCAAGAAGACGUUCGUGGUGCUGCACCAGAGCAACUCGACGCCGGCCGCCUGCCCGGCCGUGUGCCGCUGCUACAUCAACAUCCUGUCGUGCCACCCCGAGAAGCCGCUGGGCUCGCACGUGCACGACAGCAAGGGGGACCGGGCCGGGGCCGGGGCCGGCCAGCCGCCCCCGAGCAAGCAGCACGGCAAGUCGCAGCGCAACGACACGCAGUCCAACGCCACGGGCUCCGCGAUGCUGACCCGCAUCCCCGAGGGACCCAGGGGCACCAUGCUGGGCAACGUGUUGACGGCCUUCACUGUGUUGGAUUUUCGAGAUAAUAACAUAUCAUUUAUAUGGAAAAACAACUGGAUUUUCUUUACAAUGACUGAAUAUCUAAAUUUAAAAGGGAACCAUAUAACGGAUCUGAUUCCUGAAACCUUCGAAGGUCUUUCACAAUUGAAAUACUUGUUUUUAUCUCAUAAUCGGAUCAGAUUUAUUGCAGACUAUAUGUUCCAGAACACUCCUGAAAUUGAACUUAUUGAUGUAAGCAACAACAGAUUGUUUGCAAUACAAAGGGAUCUUUUUCAGACAAAGCAUGGAUUACUGAAGCUGAAAGUCUUGGAUUUGAGCAGUAAUGAUAUAUUGGUACUAGGGCCUAGUGCAUUCAGUCAGCUAACAAACUUGCAUUUCAUGAAUAUAAGUGAUAAUUAUUUAAGCUUAAUAGGUAAUGGAGCUUUUCAACACCUGUCUUCAAUCAUCUACUUGGACCUUCGUGCAACUUCCAUUUCUCUUGAUGUUCUCAGAGCUAUUUUGCAGAGCACAACAAAUAUUGUUAACCUUUAUAUAUCCCACACUCUGAAAUGCUGCUUAUGCAAGUUUCCACUUCUGAACCAUCUUAUUCUGCCACGGAAAGUGGAGAUUAACUGCAAGAAUAUUUACUGUACCGUGACAUUGAUUCAGUGUUACACAAAAGAAAUCGAAAAAAAUCAACUCUCACUUGAUAAAGAGAGAAUUGUUCAACAAAUGAAGGCCAUCAAAGCUGGUGCAGUUUCAUCACUCCCUGGGCGAGAUGAACUUGAACGACAAAAACAGAACAAUGGAGCCCACAGCUUGCUAGAUAAAUACGAACAAGUUCAUAAACCAGACGUACAUGCUGUUAAUGUCACACUGGGAUCACCGGAAAUGGGUAUUGAAAAUCUGAAUCAGAACUUACAGUUGGGUGGUAAAGAAAUAGAAGUAAAGGAAGCGAUUGAUCAAAAAAAUGAUAAGUUGUUGAACAUCAUAAGACACGAAGAAGAAACCGAGAGGAUAUUAAGGGAAAAACAGAAACAACAUGAUAUCGAGAAGCUGUCGUCUUCAGAUGAUGCAAAGGAAUCCUGGAAAUCUGAAUUAAAUAAUGAAGAGGACACACUGGAUAAACUGCACAAGUUGAAAGAAACUUUAAAGUCACUCUAUCACUAUGCUACUGAGAGAAUAGAAAGCGGUGAAGAUGACAAGGUGAUUGUUAAGCUUGACUCCUAAAGCAAUGAAGGCAUUUAUGUUUGAGCUGAAAAGUAAAAUUAAACAUUAAAUUGUGACGUUACAAACAUCAAAGUAAAGCAAAGUAAAGAUAAGUAUCUUGGAAUUAAGAAACUACAUAAAAUAAAAUUGGGGUCAGGAAUUUAAGCAAACGUUAAUAUAGUUUUUAAAACAUUUUGUGUUUGCCAGCCCUUACUUAAACAAAUUAUUUAUCUGUAUUGCUAGAUCAUUUAGGAUUUUUGUGUAUGACAAAAAUGACUUGAAUAAUUUUAAUGUGCUGUUUUAUAUUUGAAAUUAAUUGAAGCAUUUUCUUUUUGCAAAAUAUGUGGAGACUUACAAGCAAACUUCAGUUUAGUAAAUGCAAUAAAGGAAAAGAGCUUGAAAAUGUU